AUUACUUGUUACGGCUUCCGAUUCUCCAUUUCUGUGCUGUAUCUAAAUUUGUUUCUGCAUAUGCGGGUUUUCCUUUCCCUUCUGUUUUUCUGUCAGUGCCGUCCCUUUUUUGUUUGUCAUUUUUCCACUCAAUUACGCGUCUGCUUCUGGUUUUUCCGGCAUUCCUGUAAAUUCGCCGGCAUCGUUGGACUUCACUUGUAUGUGAAUCUCUCGGGGUGCAAAUCUUGCCAUCUCUUUGAACCUUAAACAUUUCCUUUGAUUUGUUGACUUCUUUUCGUCGAGAAUUUGCUUUUUAUAUCGAGUUCACCAAUUCAAAGAUCAAAACUUUCUCCAAUAAAACUGGACAAGAUGGGCUCUGUGAUCCUGCAUAUCACUUCUACUUUAGAAAACUAUUGAAUCACUUCCAAAUUGCAGGGGCAUAAAAAGGGUGAGGAAGAGGGAAAAGUUGUCCUGUGAUCUAGUUCUGAAUUAUGAUUGCCUGACUGUCGGUGUUGUAAUUGGCAGUGAUUUAGUUCGCAUCAGAUGGUGGUGGAGACUAGAAGAAGCGGCGGCGGCGGCACCGAGCUGGUUCGGAAAGUAGUACUAGGAUUAGGAUACUGGGUUCAGGGGUUGAGGUGCUUCCCAUGGAUGGCUGUCAACUUCUUCCUCAAGGAUGGCCUCAAUGUGGAUCCCUCCACCCUCCAGAUCCUCCAGAACUUGGCCAACCUUCCCAUGGUUGCCAAGCCUCUCUACGGAGUUGUGUCCGAUGCUUUUUAUAUUCGGGGCCAACACCGCCUGCCCUACAUUGCUCUCGGAGCAUUCUUGCAAGCAGUGUCCUGGCUAGCCAUAGCAAUUCUCUCCCCAUCAAGUAUAACGAUCAUCUCGAUUUAUCUCCUCCUAAGUAAUCUUGGUGCUUCAAUAGCAGAGGUAGCAAAUGAUGCCAUUGUAGCUGAGGUAGGAAAACAGCCUGCUUCAUCUUCGAAGAAGACUAGGUCGUCUUCAUCCGGUGACCUCCCAUCAUUUGUUUGGAUGGCUUCCUCUGCCGGUGGUGUCCUUGGGAACCUUCUGGUCGGUGUUGCUAUUGGGAGACUUUCCCUGCAGACGAUGUUUCUGUUUUUUGGCCUUCUCCUUGCAGCGCAGUUUCUUGUUACAAUCAGUGUCCAUGAAAGCGCUCUUGGCCUCCCAAAAACUGUGACCAAAGCAGGGAUUAGGAAGCAGCUUUCUGAUCUCUCGUCUGCACUAAAAAGACCUGAGAUGGCUCAUUCCAUAAUCUGGCUUGCAGCAUCCUAUGCGGUUAUUCCAGCUCUCACUGGGACCAUGUUCUUCUACCAAACACAGUAUCUCAAGAUUGACACAUCAGUAUUGGGGAUCUCUAAAGUGUUUGGCCAAGCCACAAUGCUCCUCUGGGGUAUGGUUUAUAAUCGUCAUCUGAAGUCAGUCCCACCAAGGAAACUGAUUUCUGCAAUUCAGGCCAUGAUGGCCUUGUUCAUGGUUUCAGACAUCCUCUUUGUCAAGGGUGUCUACAAACAAAUGGGAGUUCCGGAUUCAUUGUAUGUAGUCAUCUUGUCAGGGGUCAUGGAGGUUCUCUUUUUCUUCAAAAUUCUACCCUUCAGUGUCCUAAUGGCGCAACUCUGCCCACCGGGGUGUGAAGGAUCUUUAAUGGCUUUUGUCAUGUCUGCCCUCGCCUUAGCAUUCAUAAUCAGUGGAUUCCUUGGUGUUGUGCUCGCAUCAUCUGUCGGUGUCACAGGAGAUGAUUUCUCAGGACUUCCAUGGGGUCUCGCGAUACAAGCGGUUUGCACGCUGUUGCCGCUAUUUCGAUCAUCAUGGAUCCAUGAUGAUACAAGAUCCAAAGCCGGGAGUAAGGAGGAGUAGUUACUAUAGCAGUGAGGCUUCAUCACUUGUAAUUCUUUUAUACGAUUCAAGUAGAUUUGUUUUAAUAAACUGACACGUAGGGAUAUUUAGGUGAUAGAAACUGUGAGCUUUUGUUGUAACGGGGUGUAUCUUUGUAAUUAGUCCUGCUGAAGCUAUUGCGAUCCCCUUCAAAGGUGUGAUAGAUCUCUUUUUCCAAUCUCCAUCCAAUGUCCUUGACAGGAUCAUUUAUUGA